GUUUCUCAAUAGGGAUGCAAAAACAUCGAUGUCACUAUCGAUACUAUCGAUGUUUUUUAAAACAGCGAUGUAUCGAUGCUUUUUUUCGAACAUCGAUGUUAUCACUAAGAGAUACACACGCAAAGCAAGUGUUUGAUACAGGUAAAACAUAUUAGGGCGGUUCCUCUCGGCACAAUGGACAGGUUUCUGCACAUAACAAACCACGUGUCUGCUGCUUCGUCGUCUGCUCCAACGUCUGCUGCUUCGUCGUCUGCUCCAACGUCUGCUCCAACGUCUGCUGCUUCGUCGUCUGCUCCAACGUCUGCUGCUUCGUCGUCUGCUCCAACAUGUGCUGCUUCGUCGUCUACUCCAACGUCUGCUGCUUCGUGGUCUGCUCCUUCUACGUCUGCUGCUUCUACGUCUGCUCCUUCUACGUCUGCUGCUUCGUUGUCUGCUUCUUCUACGUCUGCUGCUUGGUCCUCUGCUGCUUCGUCCUCAGCUCCUGCGUGUGCUGCUAUUUUGGAAAAUGAUGAUUUGGAAUUUGGCUUUGAGCCCCCAGAUUGUAGAAAACGCAAGAAAACCGGAUCAGAUGUAUGGAAAUAUUUUGAGAGGUGCAAGAACAAAAUUACAAUCCGAUGAAUGCAGAACAAGCAGUAGCAGCGUUGGAAAAUGACUUGACUUUCGUCUUCAAAGAUGUGCAGAACCAAUGUCCAAAUGAGGAACCGGCCGCCGAGAAAACACACCCCUCUGAUUUGUACGGAUUUAUGGCCGAAAAAGUCAAAAAUAAGCCAAGAACUUGGAGAUCCGAUGCAAUAAUCGAAAUGCGGCAAUAUUUC